CUUUUCAUUUGUCCUUAAAAGGUUGAACUUCCAUGGCAUCGGAAAUGGUUAAGAAAGCAAAGCAUGAUGAUAUGAUCAGUAAUUUGCCCGAUUCCAUUCUCAGUCUCAUCCUAUCGUCGCUUCCCAUAAAAAAUGCAGUUUCCACUUCCAUUCUAUCGACCAGAUGGCGAUAUUUGUCUGCCGCAUUGUUCAAUCUUGAUGUUGAUUUUCGUUUAUUUAGGCGUUCUCCACAUAUUAAGAGCUUCACAACCUUCAUGGAUAAAAUGUUAUUUUUCCGUUCUGAGGGAAGGAUUGAACAAUUUCGACUCUAUCAUAUCUGCAUAUCAGAGAUCGACGAUUCACGUGUUUUUGGAUGGAUAUUUGCUGCACUUUGGCUUGGAGUUAAGGAGAUAAAUAUGGUUUUUGCUGGCAAGUACAUAAACAUUCCUACAUUGCUAACAGCUCUGCUAUUUACAAGCAAGAGCUUGGUGAGACUGAAACUGGACAUGCCAUUUUUAAUGACUGUUCCGAUUCAUGUUCGUUUGCCUAGCCUCAAGACUUUAGAGCUUCGAUCUGUUAAAUUUGAAGAUGAUGAUUCAAUCAAGAGGGUCUUUGCAGGCUGUCCUUUACUUGAAGACUUAUCCAUCUUCGACUGUGACUUGCGAAACAUAACGUGUCUUAAAAUCUCAAAUCCUUCACUUACGAGCUUGACUUUGGUUUUUAUUGAUAACCUUAAAGUCAAUAGCUUCUCCUCAUUAGCGUUUUCCAUUGACAUUGAUCUUCCAAGUCUUGUCUACUUCAAAUACCAGGGCUUCACAAAAAUAAACUAUUCAGCGCUACACAUGCCGUCUCUUGUUAGGGCUGAUGUUAAGAUUCAUGGACGAAUCUGUUUGACAAGAGAAAUAGAUGGUUUAGUUGAGCUUUUUCAAAGAAUUGACAAUGUCAAGUCGCUUCAUUUGAGUAUCAAUGCUGAAGCACUUCCAUAUCUAUCCCACAAAAGUUUUGCUGCAUUUCAAAACCUACUUAAGCUGGAUAUUAUGGAUUGGAGAAACGCAUAUCGAGGACGAGGGAUUCUCCAGUUUUUUGAAUUCUCACCUAAUCUACAAACUCUUGUUAUUUAUAAAGUAUCAUCAAACGAGGCCUGGCUUCCAAUGGAGAAGGUGCCUUCCUGUCUUGUACAUCAGCUAAAGGAGUUUAAAGUAUUAGAUUUUGAUGACCAGAGUUGUCUAUUUAUAUUGGUCACUUACAUCCUGAAGAAUGCAGCAGUUCUUGAGAAGCUUACAAUAUGUACAUCUAAAGUUUUAAUGCCCAGAGAAGAAUUGAAGAUCAUCAAACAAUUAUUGAGUUUACCCAGAUGUUCAAACAAAUGUCAAGUUACGGCUUUCUAA